AUGGCUCAAAGCAACUUCGACCGGAGGCGUAUCAACGGUCCUGAUGAGAGUUAUCAGCCUAUAUUCGAGGCGGACGACGAGCAAGAGACGAGGUGGAAGGCUGGCACCCCUCGGAAAGGGCGUGCGGCGCGGGACAUUCGGCCAAUAUAUCUGAAAGCUGGCCUGAUAAAUCAGGCGAAUGGAUCCGCAUAUAUUGAGACAGAGAGGACGAAGAUUGCGUGCGCAGUGUACGGGCCUCGACAGUCCAAAACCACGGUAUAUAACGAGAAGGGCCGGCUGAACGUGGAAGUCAAGUUUGCGCCUUUCUCGUGCACAAAACGAAGAGUUCCGAUCCGGGAUGCGGAGGACCGUUCGGUCGCGGUACAGAUACAACAAGCCUUGGCCUCUGCGGUUAGACUAGAACUCCUUCCGAAGUCGACACUUGAUAUCUUUGUCACCGUCAUCGAGAACGACGGUAUAGAGGGAUGUAUCGCUGCUGGGUCUGUGGCGGCCAGUGUGGCGCUAGCAGAUGCAGGCAUAGAGAUGCUCGGUCUCGUAGCAUCUUGCUCUGCUGCUGUUGUGGGCAAGGAGAUUUGGAUGGACCCCACAGAAGAGGAGAGCAAACUGGCCUCCGGAAGCGUAGUGCUUGCUGGUUUGCCUGCUCUCGGCACAAUUACAAGCGUAUGGCAGUCUGGCUCAAUGGCGCCCGAUGAGGCGAUCAAAUGCAUGGAGGCGUGCCAGGAAUCUUGCGCAGACAUACACACAGUGAUGGCUCAGUCGUUGCUCGAAAAAGCCCAGAAUACAUGACGUUCGG